UAAAUUAAUUGAAUUACAUUUAAUACGAUCAUCUCCAGUCCCUUUCAUGCGCGCAUUAUAAGCCAAACCACAUUUUGUACUAAUUUUACCCAUUUCAUUCCGGCUUCGGACUGGCCACCAAAGUGUAACCAGGGGUCCUUGCUACACUCGCCUGUCACAACAUGACCGUUAAAGCCAGUCGGUGUUGAGAGCAAUUAGUAACUUCUAAACUAAGAUACGUUUAAUUCCCGAUUAUAAAAUGUUAUAAGUUAACUUUUAUAAAUUAUUUUCUUUUUUCCCUUUGGCACGUGCGAAAUGGCCCCCGAGGUGUGUCCAUUCUGUGGGAAUUCCUACAAGAGGUUAAAGAGCCACCUGCCCCAUUGCAAGGCAGCCAAGCCCCCUUUGAGUCAACGUGGGCCUGCUGCGUCUACGCCAUCCGGUCAGCUAGAAGCAAACUCGUCUAAAACGAAGGAGAGGAAGACGCUGCCGCUCAAUAAGAUGUCUCCAGAGGUGCCUGGGAAGAGUGGAAAUACUUCACCUCUGUCUACGUCUAAACCCAAAAAGAAGGACAUCCGCGCCUCAAUAGAGGCAGCCAAGUCCAGCCAGAUUCCAACAGGAUUGAAUACAGUACCAGAAAGUCUGGCCACAAGCACACAGUCCAAAUCCAAAGCCGUGUUACCCACGGAGUCCCCAAAACCCCAAAAUGCCUAUAAAAAGAAACAAAUCAAAUCCACAGAAAAAGAAAUAGUGGCCAUAGGGAAGGAGAUACCCAGGAUUACGCUCCAGCACGUUGGAAGCACAUUAGGCUGGGCCAAGACCAGCAGGCCUGCCAUCCAGAUUAAAACCACACAAAAAAACACUAAACCUAGUCCAGAUUUAAGUCCAGCUAGUACGAGCGUCAUUUUACAACCAAAAGAGUCACCAUUUCUGCUUAAAGAUGAUUCCUGUGGGUAUAAAGCGACCUCCCAUAAGCCUCUGCCUGUGUCCGACCUCCAAACAUCCAAAGAGGGUCUGCACCGGACAGAGCUCCCCUCUGUGUCGCCGGGACGUUUUUUCGACCCCCAGUCCAGGGGCGCAGACGCAUUCACAUCAAUGGAGAUGCGGAAAGACGACUCCUCAGGGCGGACCCUGGGUCAGGUGACAUUACGGGAGCUUCCCGAGUGGCUGGCCUGCAGGACGCCGCGUCGCCCAGGAGACGCAGUGGAAAUGAUGCAUAGAGGCUGGCAGUGGUACUACAGGAAGUAUAUCGACGUGAGGAAAGGCGGUGUGGGCGGCCUUGGCAUGCUGCUGGCCGGAUACUGUGUGCUUAGCUACGUCUGGUCUUACCCUCGUCUUAAGCAUGAUCGCUGGAGGAAGUACCAUUAAGAUCAGAGGUAGAUGAAAAAUUCCCAUGCACAAAUACAAACACCAACUAGAAAUAAUUGAUUAAAAAAAUAAAAAAUGUGGCUUGGUCACCCAAUGUCGGUUUCAUGUAAUUAAUUUGAUCGCCCCUCUCACCAGUUAUUUACAAAUCAUUGCCAAUUUGAACAGUCGGAAAAGGUUGUUUGUCAUUUUAUUAGUCUCAGCCAUCUGGGCAGUUCCUCAGGGCUCCACUCGGCGUUACUGUUGAGUUGUGUGCUCAAACGUGGGGCUGUUUGUCAUGCAUCACGUGAGCUGGCUUUGUAAGAGGAUUAAAAGGGAAAAGGCACGUUUUUUAGAUAGAUAAAAUCUUCGAACCCAGAUGUAGCACUGGUGCAUAUAUCCAGACCCGUCUCUUGAGGUUGAUCCCCCGCCGCAGCUUGUCAUUAUGCAUGCUUAAACAGAAUAGCAAUGGAGACUCGGGUGCUUUAUUUGUAUUCAAAAUGAAUUUAUUGUUGCUGCUGUGGGCAACACAACAAUGAACAAGUGACACCAACAUAAUCCAAAAUAAUUGCCAUUUUCUUUUUGUUUUACAUUCUUUUUUUUCCUUCUUCCAUACAAAAAUUAUAAAUAUUUUUUGGUUUUGUUUGUUUAUAGAAAAUGACAAACUAUACAGAUUAAGUUUGACAAUAUGGGUAGAAAGCGGAACAAGUAGCAUGGGGCCCGCAUACUGAUGACAACAAAAUGGCAAGGCGUGGCUUAAGAAAAACUUCUUGCUUUAAAACCAGACAUUUUUUUGUCAAAUGCACAGCUGUGGCUAGACGAACUAUCUGUCCAUCUAUUUUCUAUAGUGCUUGACCUCAUUAGGGUCACAAGUGAGCUUGAGCCUGACUUUGACGCAAGAGGCAGAGUAAACCCUGGACUUGUCACCAGCCAAUCGCAGGGCACAUAGAGAUAAACAACCACUCACACCUAAUGGCAAUUUUGAGUCUUCCAUGAACCUAAAAUGCAUGAUUUGGGAAUGUGGGAGGAACCCAGAAUAUGUGGAGAACAUGCAAACUCUGAGAUUCGAAUCCCAAACCUAAGAGCUGUGAGGCAGAUGUGCGAAUGCACUAAUGGUUGUAAAAUAAACAUUUUUAAAAUGCCUUCAGUCUUCUGUUGAAGUUUAUUAGCAGGUUUAAACUUGGGCAGAAAUGUAUUGGAUUUAAUUUAU